UGGUCACUGGAUAUUGGAGCGGAGCGUGCCGUCGGACUGCACCUCACUGCCAGAAAACAGGCACCGGAAGGUUUUCCGACAAGAUCCCGCUUUCUUAGGGCGGUAGAGGCAUUCCCAGGUCGGGAAGGGGCGGUGGGAGAAGUGGCGCAGCUCUGAACUAUGCUAGUGAACCGUGGGUCCAUCUGCGAAGAGGCCCAGCCUCGCGGGACCGCGGGUGGAGCCUGCGCCGUGGAGGUCGUCGUGUAACAGACCGGAAACUACAUUUCCCAGCAUUCUUGAGGCACCAGAACUACCUUGCCCGAAAGCCUGAGCGAGAGUUAGCCCGUCGUCCGCUUCGUCCCGCCUACCGGAAAACAGGACAUGAGUCGCCGCUGGGUAUGGCGGCUGUUUGGCUUCCGAGGCAGUGGGAACUCCUGGGUUUCAAGCCCCCGCGGGCAUUUCUCGCCGGCCCUGCGCAGAGACUUCUUCACCACCACUGCCAAGAAGGGAUAUGAUAGGAGGCCAGUGGACAUAACUCCUUUAGAACAAAGGAAAUUAACUUUUGAUACCCAUGCAUUGGUUCAGGACUUGGAAACUCAUGGAUUUGACAAAACACAAGCAGAGACAAUUGUGUCAGCAUUAUCCACUUUAUCAAAUGUCAGCCUGGAUACCGUCUACAAGGAGAUGGUCACUCAAGCUCAGCAGGAAAUAACAGUACAACAACUAAUGGCUCACUUGGACUCCAUCAGGAAAGACAUGGUCAUCCUAGAAAAAAGUGAAUUUGCAAACCUGAGAGCAGAGAACGAGAAAAUGAAAAUUGAAUUAGACCAAGUUAAGCAACAACUAAUACAUGAAACCAGUCGAAUCAGAGCAGAUAAUAAACUGGACAUCAAUCUAGAAAGGAGCAGAGUAACAGAUAUGUUUACAGAUCAAGAAAAACAGCUUAUGGAAGCAACCACAGAAUUUACAAAAAAGGAUACCAAAACCAAAAAUAUUAUUUCAGAAACCAGUAAUAAAAUUGACACUGAAAUUGUCCUUAAAACACUGAUGGAGUCUAACAAACUUGAAACAAUUCGUUAUCUUGCAGCCUCAGUGUUUACUUGCCUGGCAAUAGCAUUGGGAUUUUACAGAUUCUGGAAGUACUAUUAAUGCUCCUACUGCUGCUGUUAGUGACUUAGAACACUAACCCAGGAUGAUUUACUUUGACCAUUGUCCAUUGCAGCAGAAAUUUGCCACACGAUCAUUCAAAGUAUAUAUGGACUAAAGAGAAAUGUUUUAGAAUGGAAGAGAUAUUUUGUCUUUAUUGUGUGUAUAUCUUUAUUUUAUUAUGUUGAAAAGCUGUCAUUCAAAAUAUGAUUUAUUUAAAACAGAAGGGCAUUUUGUCCUUAUCCUUUUGAUAGUUCAUAGAAACUGAACCAGAGUUUUCUUGUUUUUGCUUGAACAACUAUGUAAAUCAUGUAGGAUUAUAUUGUUAUCAGCUGCUUAUUUGAAAAAUUUCCUAGCCUACAUACUUAUUAUUGAAUUUAACUUUCCUGUUAAAUAUUGUAUAAUUACAUUUUUAUAAAAAAAUAAAAGAUUAUUAUAACAAAA